AUGUGUCAUAAUCAUCCGUCUCUUGAACGACGCGUUGCAUCACUAGUCCAUGCACAUUUUGAAGCACUUCCACAACGGAGCAAACCAACUAUUCAUGGCAAUGGCCUAAGGGAAUGGAUUCCACUAAGUGGGAUUGUCUUGGUAACUAAGGUGAACACACCCGAGGAAGCUUUAACUUGUGUUGCUGUUGCAACCGGUGCAAAAUGCCUACCUUCUUCACAAAUUGCACAGUGUAGCGGGCUUGUCCUGCAUGACAGCCAUGCUGAAAUACUUACGCUUCGUGCUUUCAACCACUGGCUACUCGAAGAAUGCAAGUCUGUUUUAACCGAAUUUAACAAAAAGCACGUUGAUAACUCAUGCGCUGGCGUGCUUGAUGAAAUUAAUCAGGGCUCUGGUGAUCCGUUGAAUUGUUUUGGAUCAAGAUUCUUACAAUGGAACCUGGAAAACACCGAUUUACAGGAACCAAUACCCUGGCCUCCUUUUCGAAUAAAGGAGGAUGUCAAGAUAUGGAUGUAUUGUUCAUGUGCACCUUGUGGAGACGCCAGUAUGGAAUUAUGCAUGGCCGCUCAGGAGGACCCUACUCCUUGGAAACUCUACGUUCCCGAAACUAGCAAUACAGAAAACCCAGGUAGCCAACCGCAAGGGUUGCUAAAUGGUAGAGCUCAUUUUUCAAUACUAGGUGCGGUUCGCCGGAAGCCUUCCCGAGCAGAUGCCGAGUCAACUCUCAGCAAGUCAUGUUCGGAUAAGCUCGCCGUAAAACAAGCGACAUCCAUUCUAUCCUUUCCCACAAGCCUGUUAGUUGUACCAACCUCGAAUGCAUAUAUAUCUAACAUCGUUUUACCGGCGGCUGAGCUCAAUCGCACAGGGUGUGACCGGUCAUUUGGUAGCGGUGAAUCAGGCCGUAUGCGGCCCUUAAACGGACGGACAUGGGGAACAGGCCACAAAGCUGAUGCAUGUUUUAAGUUUCGUCCUUUUGAGAUGACUUCGUUGCCAAUGGAAGAGGUUGAAGGCAUGUGGAAGUACGGAAAGCCUACUGCUAAGUCAUCUGAAGAAAAGGUUAAAACCGGUAAUGUUUCUGCGGUUUGGACUGCACCUCCGUCAAACUCGCCGCGGCCGCCAUUCACGUCCAAAUGGAAUGAUAUCCAUUCUUUCUCCGAGCCAGGAGGGUACAAGGAAUUUUUCAGAACACCCCCUACAAACCUCAAUGAGACUUUGAUAAAUGGAGUCAAACAGGGGUAUCGGCUGAAUUCGCCUGGCUUUAAAAAGGCCAGCGCAUUAUCCAGGGCUAGAAUGUGGGCUCUCCUCGGUGACAUUUCCAAACUUCUAGACGAGGGCGGUUUGGUAUCAGAACAGCUUGGUGGUACCCAAACUUCAUCUUUAACUCAAAUCGUGCAUUCAGCGCCUUCGUAUGGUGCUUUAAAAUCACAGACAGCCAUGGGUGGGUACCUGCAAGCCCGGGCUCAAGUUCUGCAGGAUGUACGACUUGUCCUUAAUAAUUGGAUCCGGAACUAUGGUGAUGACACUUGGGACAUGAGCGUCUUCGAUAUCCCGGCGAAAGCAAAGCGUCAACAACUGCAAUCCCCCAAAGAAAGUUAG